AUGCACCAGGAAUCAAAACCUGGGCGCUCGCCGCUCUUCUCUGCGCCAGUUCCUCAAAGUCUUCCUCAUCUUCCCUCACCGACACUGGCAGCGGCAUCCACGCCCUCAUCAUCACCACGGCGCUUCAAGCGCUUUCGCGGCCUACUACCCACAACCUCCUACCGCGCGGUCCUCAGCUCCGUAUGCAUCAUGGCCGUCCUCUUCUGGGUCCUUCACCUCCUCUUCUUCUCCCUCCUUACAGACCUCACCACUGGCAACCCAUUAUCCACCUCUCCUUCCCCAUCACAACCUGGAGAAGAAGAAGACUCCUCCUCAGUAGCCGACCUGGCCCUCCAAAAGAUCCUCGGUGACGGCCGCCAAAUCUUCGGCACCUUCCCUUCCUCCUUCAACAAGUCAGCAGCCUCCAAGCGUCGCGCACAAUGGAUGACCCCUCUCCCGGACUCCCUGCCGCUCACCCGCCUCAGAGCCAUUCCGGGAACCCACGACAGCGCAACCUGGAACUUUACUACUGAGACGAGGAACUCGAUCCCUUCUAAUCCGAGUUACUUGCCGGCUGAAUGGUUUAGGUGUCAGAAGAAGAGUAUUUUGGAAUCCUUGGAGGCAGGGGUGAGGUUCUUUGAUUUGCGGUAUGCUGCGUUGGAUACAGGUACGGGUGGGAGUGGUAAAGGGGGAGGACAAGGGACGAGACUGGUGUUUUGGCAUAAGAUGGCUUUGUUGAGUGAGGUGGCGACGGUGGAGGAUGUUUUGUUUGGGUUUUAUAAGUGGUUGGAGGAGAGGGGAGCGGGGGAGGUGGUGAUGAUUAGUUUGCAGUAUGAGCACCCAACCCGCUCCCACGCCUCCAACACCCCACAAGUCCAACGCCUCCUUCAUUCCCUCCUCACCACCCCGGCCGCCCGCCGCUUCAUCUACCCAUCACACUCCCUCCCGCCCACUUUGGGAGACGCCCGUGGCAAGAUCGUCCUCCUCAAACGCUUCGACCUGCCCGACUUGCCUCUCGAUCAACAGCUGGCUGUACCGGGACUCAACUUUUCUCCUAGCCUAUGGCCGGAGAACAAUAGAGGGUUUGAGUUGGUUUAUAACCAACUUGACGUGGGUGACGGAGAUCAGAGCAAGGGAGUAGAAGAGGAGAAAAGGAGAAAUGAGACGGCGUAUAUAGAGGACUACUUUGAACCUAACGACCUGCCGAGUGGGAUGAAUGGAAGUGUGACGGAGAAUGUGAUGGCCAAGUGGGAGGCUGUGGAGGGCCAUUUACGGGCUGCGGCGGCUGCUGGUGCUGCUGCGAGCGGUCCCGGGGCAGGACUGGGUGCACGCGGGGAGGAUGAUGAGGAUGAUGGGUUGUGGAUCACGUUCACCUCGGGGGAACAUGUAUUGAAUGAACCGAACAUUACGCCGGAGGUUAUGGCGCUUGGCCCGGAAGAACAACGGCAAGGUGUCCCCAAGGUGACUGGCGGUGGAACGGUGAAAGGAGGAGUUAACGAAAAGUUGUUGGCGUUGUUGAAGGAUGAUGGGCCGGACGGGUUAAAGGGGAAGAGGUUGGGAGUUGUGGUGAUGGAUUUCUGGGAGAUGGAAGGGGAGGGGGAUUUGAUUGGGGCGUUGUUGGGAUUGGAUGGUUAG